AUGGCAGUCACCGGAUCUGAGCAGAAGAAGAGGAAAAUCACCGGCGAACUGAAGCAACUGCACUGGCAAGAGUACCGUAAUUCACCGCAACCCGCCGUCGUCUCCUCAGUCCGGAUUUCGGCGUCGUCCAAUCUAAAGGCCAAUGUCCAUACUCCUGGAAGUGGAUAUGUCCUGCUACAUCAUGUGAUGGGAGAAACAGAUGGAGAGCGUAGUGUUUGGUCUUACGUCGAAGGUGGAAUUGGCUCUGUCUCCAUGGCUAUAGCUAAUGCUGCAAAAGAAGCUGGCGCUCAGGCUCAGAUUUUCACAAACGCAGAGGCAUUUCAUUUCAAGAUCAUUAAUGUAGGAACGCAGGCUCAGGCACUGUAUUCCUACAUUAUGCAGAACAGUGGAGUUUCUGAAGUACAAACUGAGGAUUCUGGCAUCGUGAAAGGGGUUUUACUUGCUGACGGUACACGGGUGGAGUCAUCUGUUAUAUUGUCCAAUGCAACCCCUUACAGAAAUUUUGUGGAGCUGGUUCCGGCUAAUGUUCUUCCUGAAGAAUUUGUCGGUGCUAUAAAGAACUCAGAUUACAGCUCGGUAAGCAUUUCAUGUCAAGUUCCUCUUUUCUCUUGA